AUGUAUGGGAUUACUUUCGGAGGGAUCGAUGACGGAGCUAGGGGAAGACCAGCGGAGAUCCAGGAGCGAGUGGAAGACCAGCGGAGAUCCAGGAGCGAGUGGAAGACCAGCGGAGAUCCAGGAGCGAGGGGGAAGACCAGCGGAGAUCCAGUUCGUUGGAAGGAAACGGCCCUGGGUCGUUCCGCGUACCCGGAAUCCUCUCUCUUCAGAAAACUCUUCUGGCUCCUCGUGUUUCUCACCGCCUCUGGCUACAUGUCCUACGGAAUCGGCGAGAUCGUCAGAGCGUACACGUCCGGCCAAACGACGACCUCCAUCCAGAUGGAGUCGCGAGAAACGAUUCCGUUCCCCGGCGUCACCAUCUGCCCUCAAACGUAUCGGUCCAUCGGUGGAAUGGAAUUUUCGGGGCUCUUCUCACCGGUAGAAGGCAUCAUACAGCUGAGUAGCGAAUUCAUCGAUGCGUUUCAACGACUGUCGACGUCAGACGACGCACCCCAACCGGAAACGGCAGCUUCUGAGGAUCCGGAGCUUCUCGAAAGAUUUCGCAGGUCGAAGGGAAUCUGCGCCGCACCCUUCGCAUCUGCAAAAGGUGAUAAGUUGCAGUCCUUGGAAGAAAGCAUCUCCAGCAUGGAGAUGAGUCUCGGCUCGAACAAGUACAUCUUGGAUGAUUUUUCCUACACGGAAUUCGACAUCAGGAUCCUCCAUUGCAGCUUCAACGAGGAGCCUUGCAGCGAGAACGAUUUCACGCCAGAGGAGGACGGAGAACUCGGGGACUGCCUCACUUUCAACUACGGGAGGGACAAAGAAGCCCGGCGUCGGGACUCGUACGCGGGGGUUCGAGGGAACAAGACCGGUUGGCAAGGGCUUCGACUCGCCCUGGCGUCGUAUUUCCCGGGCAGCAUAUCAUCGGCGAUGGGACACAGGGUCAUCGUUCGGAAACCUCAGGAUCCGACCUACACGGCGGAGGAAGGGUUCAACAUCGACCCGGGAACGGUUUCCUACAUCGGCCUGAAGAUGGCGGAGUUCGAGCGGAUUCCUCCGGACCUGGGGGGGGAUUGCGCCGACGAUUCUUACAUGCUGCGGCGAUUCGACCCUGACGUCUUUUCGGUCCCGAAUGAGACGGGGUAUUCCAAGGAGAUGAAAAAGAAAUUAGAUCGGCCGUGGAACGGGCGGAGAAACGUGCGGAAAGAUCCUGCGCUUGUCCUCCUCACCCCUGCGUGUGAGCCUCGCCCCCCGUCGUCCGUCCUCGACCUCCGCGGAGACGAAGGCUGUGACGAUGCUCGCUGGUGGUUUCACAGGGAGAGGAGGUUGGAGCGGUCGUUCUCGUCGUCGCGGAUGGGUCCUCACGACGGAUUGAUCAUGAAGCUGGCGACUUGGAUGAAGAGCGUGGAAAGGAGGCGGUUGAAAUCCACUUUCUGUCAUCGUCCCAGUGAGCAGGUGGCUGUGGUGCACGUCUUCUACGAGACCAUGUCAGUGGAGAAAACCACGGAGAUUCAGUUGUACCCCGUGAGUCGAGAAAUCCCCGAGGGUCUCUUCGGGUCUUGCUCAGAUUUCGCCGCUGGAAAUCGAGCCGCCAUCCCUUUCUUUUUUCUUGGAACAGUGGUCGACCUUCAUCGGAACUUUCGGGGGCUUGCUGGGCCUCUACACCGGGAUGUCUUUCAUCUCCGUCCUGGAGCUGCUGGAGUGGAUCGUGGACAUCCUCUUGUACGGCUGGAGGAAGCCUCGUCGUGGAACGGUGGGGCCGAAGCGAGGAGCCGUUCCCGCGUGUGA